AUUGUCAUUUAGCAUCACUGAGUCCUCGUCUAAGCGAUAAGUGAAAGCUUUAUCUUGUACCACCACCUUCCGCAAGUCUUUUACAUCAUAUAAUCUGACCGCCCGUGCGACUACCAUGUCUGUAUCUCCAACACAAGCUGCCCCCCAAUCUCUGGAGCAGUUGAAAGACCUUCUCAAGUAUGACAUCAAGGUCAAAGUUGCCGGUAUCGAUGUUCGCAUAUAAGUGGACGGAGUCCUUCGAGGCAAGUUCAUGGCAAAAGACAAGUUCCUAAGUGCCGUUUCCGGAAAUGGCUUUGGUUUCUGCAGCGUCAUUUUCGGAUGGGACAUUCAUGACCAAGUGUACUCAAGAGAGCUCCUUAUCUCUAACAAGACUAAUGGUUACCGUGACCUUCUGGCGGUCAUCGAUUUGUUUACCUUCCGACGUAUACCAUGGGAAAAUAAUGUCCCUUUCUUCUUGGUACAUUUCUUGGAUCCAGAUACCAAGGAGCCUAUAUGUGCCGAUCCUCGGGGUGUUCUCAAGGCGGUGGCGGAACGAGCACAGUCAAAUGGAUGGAACUGUAUAGCGGGGUGUGAAUACGAGUAUUUCCAAUUCAAAGAAACACCCGAGAGUCUUGCUGAGAAGAAGUUUAUGAGCCUUCAACCUUUGACGUCAGGCAUGCACGGCUACUCCUUGCUUCGAACUCAACUCAACAAUGACUACUUUCACGAGUUAUUCGACGAGACAUACAAAUUUGAGGUGCCCUUAGAAGGACAUCAUACGGAAACUGGCCCUGGUGUUUACGAGACCGCUCUUGCCUACACUACUGCGCUCAGAAUGGCGGAUAACGCGAUUUUAUUCAAGUAUGCGGCGAAAAGCAUCGGUAUGAAGCAUGGAAUUACUCCAAGUUUCAUGGCGAAACCAUGGGGCAACCUUCCAGGUUGUAGCGGCCACAUUCACGUCUCGUUGCGCACCAAGGAGGGAAAGGCCUUGUUUGCACUGUCGUCGUCCGAGCUAGACAGUGGAAGAGUCGGUGCAGCAUACCCAGAUACCAAAUACCUAAGCCAGGAAGGCGAAUGGUUCCUCGCUGGCGUCUUACAUGGUCUACCUGAUAUAAUGCCGAUGCUUGUACCGACGAUCAAUGGCUACAAACGCUUAGUUGGCGGCGAAGCCUUCUGGGCUCCCAAUGCAGUCACGUAUGGUUAUGACUCUCGUGCGGCCUCUAUCCGAAUUAUUUCACCUCCAUCGGUUCCACCUGAAGCCACUCGUUUGGAAGUUCGCGUCCCGGGAGCAGAUAUGAACCCCUACUUUGCGAUGAGCGCCAUUUUUGCACUAGGCAUACGCGGCAUCAAGCAGAAGCUUUCCUUACCCUGCCCACCUAUCAGUCAGAUGACGCAAGAAGAUAAGGAGACAGGAAAGGUUCAAAUGCUACCGGCCUCUCUGGAGACUGCCACAGAGCGGAUGAUGCGUCCAGACAGCAUUGCUAGAGACCCUGAGGUACUUGGUGAUGAACUCGUUGAGCACUUUGGCGGAACUAGACAACAUGAGAUCAAGCUCUGGAAUGAAGCGGUGACCAAUUGGGAAGUGGAGAGAUACCUUGAACUUGCUUAGAAAGAAGUGCCACAUCUGUAAUAUCAUCUGUAACAAUAGACGGAUAUCUGAUCCUACUAUCCGAAUCUUGAUCACGCAU